AUGUUCUGGGAUGGCUUUGGCAUAUUCUGCGAAGUGUUUUUGGAUGUUUUUGGAUCUACAAAACUUAGGGCAUCUGCGCCAGCCGUCCCUGUCGUGAUGUUGGAGGUGGCUUUUGGGCAUGUUCAGAAGGAAGAUCUCUUGAAGCUCGAGAUGUGCUUGGAAAUCUCUAAGUUGAACGCAGGCCUCUGGAGGCUUGUUGGUGCCUUGUCCGGAUAUGCCUCGAAGUUAGGUCGGAGCAUGCCGUGUAUCGGUUGGAGAUGCAACCUAAUUGCCAUGCAACUGGGGCUGGUCUUCCUAACCUGCCAUUGCAGCUUGGAGAGAGGCUUCCUUCGGAGCCUGUUGGAGAGGUUGAGAACGCUUCCUUCCCCGGCCUGCGUGUUGUGCCUGUUGCUGCCCUUGCUGUCGAAGACGUGCACCUCAACGGGCACCAGGCCGAAAAAACAGGGCAGGGGCUAA